AUGACUGAAAUAGGUAAUCAACCUAAUGUAAAUACAUGUACUACUCUUAUACAUGGGCUUUGUAAAGCUGGUGAAGUGGGUCUUGCUCUUCAGCUAAAAAACAAGAUGUCAAAAUGGAACUGCAGACCAAAUGUUAUUUCGUAUUCUGCGAUUAUAGAUGCACUUUGCAAAGGAGGUCUAGUUGAUGAAGCUUUGGUUCUCUUCUCCGAAAUGCAGAGAAAUUUGAAUGUUGUACCCAAUGUUGUUCUGUACACUUCUUUGGUUAAGGGACUUUGCAAUUCUGGCCGGUUAAUUGAGGUAAAGAGCCUCUUUGGCGAGAUGGUUAGUAGAAGAAUCUCUGCAAAUGUAACGACAUAUAAUUGUUUGAUUCAUGGUCAUUGCCUACAUGGUCAGCAGGAAGAAGCAAGAAGAUAUUUUGAUGAAAUGAUGCAUCGGGGAAUUUCACCAAAUACGGUUACUUUUAGUAUAUUGAUAGAUUCAUAUUGUAAAGAUGGGAACACGGAAGAAGCUUGGGGGAUAUUUAAUUUGAUGGACAAGAUAAAUAUAAAACCUGAUCAGAUUACUUACAACUCAAUGAUCGAUGGUCUGUGUUUGGCAAGCCGGUUGCAAGAUGCGGUGAAACUGUUCGCCUCAAUGGUAGAUAGGGGCCUUGAACCGAAUGUUAUCAGUUGCAAUAUAUUAAUUGACGGCUACUGCAAGAAUCGUAAAUUGGAUGAAGCUUUGCUGUUAUUCGAGAAAAUGAAUCAAAAUGGACCGAAACCCACCGUUGUUACUUAUAGUAUACAAUUACGGGGACUAUACCGGGAUGGAAGAAUGAAGACUGCUCAGAGGUUUCUUAAUGAGAUGCAAAAUUCUGGUCAAUCUCCAGAUGAAGUUUUAUACAGUACAAUUUUGGAUGGUCUGUGCAAGAAUGGAAAAAUUGUGGAGGCAAUGGAAUUCCUCGAAUCCGUGGAAGGUACUGGUAUCUUACCUAAUGUUGAAAUGUACACUAUCCUUAUUCAUGGUUUGUAUCGUGGUGGGCGAUUGGAAGACGCGAUAGAACUGUUUAAUGAGAUUCUAGAAAAAGGACUGGUUCCUAAUGUAGUAACAUAUACCACAAUGAUCGCUGGAUUCUUUCAUCACAGGAUGUCCUUGGAGGCUAACAAAUUAAUCAUCUAA